AUUCUCAAUCUCUCUGAUAUCAUCAGUACUCACAACAACAACAAAAAAAGGAAAAAAAAAAAAAAAUCUCUCCGAGACAAAAAAGCAAACAUGUGGUGGAAAGUAGCUGGUCCGUCGGAGUACCUGGCGAUCACCGGAUGGGGCAUCGACGACAUACGCCUGGAGAAGAAGGCAUGGGUCCUGCCGGGGCAGAGGUGCUCUCGCUUCGACGUGUCUCCGGUGAACUACACCUUCGAGGUGGAGGCCAUGUCCGACGAGAAGCUCCCUUUCAUCCUCCCUGCCGUGUUUACCAUCGGUCCACGUGUGGAUGACAUGAACAGCCUCCUCUUGUACGCGAAGCUAAUCUCCCCAUACGACAAGCACUCCGACCACGUCAACGAGCUUGUCCGGGGAGUCAUCGAGGGCGAGACACGUGUGCUUGCCGCCGGCAUGACCAUGGAGGAAAUCUUCAAAGGUACCAAGACGUUCAAGAAAGAGGUAUUCGAAAAGGUUCAGCUUGAGCUCAAUCAGUUUGGCCUUCUCAUCUACAACGCCAACGUCAAACAGCUCGUCGAUGUGCGCGGCCAUGAAUAUUUCUCAUACCUUGGUCAGAAAACCCAGAUGGAGGCUGCCAAUCAAGCCAAGAUUGAUGUUUCGGAGGCGAAGAAGAAGGGUGAGAUCGGAGCAAAGUUGCGGGAAGGUCUAACGACACAAAACGCUGCGAAAAUUGACGCGGAGACGAAGAUCAUAUCGACUCAGAGGCAAGGAGAAUCCCAGAAGGAGGAAAUUAAAGUUAGGACUGAUGUGGAAAUAUUUAAGAACCAGAAGGAAGGUGAAAGGGCCCAAUCCAAUGCUGAGUUGGCCACUAGGAAUGCCAGCUGGGCCCAGGCUUCCGAGCUGGCACAGGUGGAGGCCAAAAAGGCUGUGGCCUUAAGGGAGGCUGAGUUGCAGUGCCAACUCGAGACGAAGAACGCGCUGACUCAGACCGAAAAACUCAAGGCCAACAUGCUCAGUAAGGCUUCUGUUGAGUACGAAAUCAAGGUGCAAGAGGCAAAUUGGGAGUUGUACAAUAAGCAAAGAGCAGCAGAUGCAGUCCUUUAUGAGCAACAAAAAGCUGCAGAGGCACAGAAGGCAAGCGCAGACGCCAACUUUUAUGCUCGCCAGCAAGUCGCCAACAGUGAGCUAUAUGCGAAGAAGAAAGAGGCAGAAGGUAUCAGUGCACUCGCGCAUGCUGAAGGCAUUUACUUGAACACCCUUUUGGAAAAGCUUGGAGGAAAUUACGCCGCCCUAAGGGACUACAUGAUGAUCAACAAGAACAUGUUCCAGGAAAUUGCCAGGAUCAAUGCGCAGGCAGUGAACGGAUUGCAGCCCAAGAUUAGCAUUUGGUCCAACGGAAAAGCCGGCGAAGACGGUGCAAAUGGGGCGAUGAAUGGCAUCGCCGAUAUAUACAGCACGCUGCCGCCAUUGCUGAAGACUGUGCAUGAGCAGACUGGGAUGCUGCCACCUCCUUGGCUGGGCACAUUGAGUGAUGUUACUCCUAGGUCUAAUUAAGAUGUUUGGUUUUUAAGGUAGUGUGGAAAUAAUAGUCGAAUGAAAAUUACUUAAUUAGCUUGAUGAGCGUACGUAGGGUAAAUGUUUUUUGCUUUGCUUCUAAUUUUUG